AUGGGUAGAGAAAGUCUUGAAGAAUUUCGCUUAUGUGAUGCUCUCAACAAUGCUAGAGUCCUUAACGCUGUAAGAGUCACCACAAAACUCCCCAUUCGUAGGGAAUCCAGAAUUAAAGUAGGACUCUUUUAUAAGAAGUUCAAUAUUAAAGGUGAAAGUAGUCCUCCUAAGUAUCCAGAUCACAUUCAUGAGUUAGUAGCUUUGUUGAUUAUGUGGUUGGCUCGAUAUGUUUUCCCAAGUUGUCCAGAUGAUGGAAUCUCCUCUUCAAUUAUUCCUUAUGCAAUCAAAAUUGCUAAGGGUAUGAGCUUUCCUCUUGCUCCAUUAUAUCUAGGAUCCUUGUAUAGGAGGUUAGACUUGUAUCAUUCUAAAACUGCUGAAUCAGUUGGCCGCUAUAGAGUAUUGACUUAUGUGGAUGUAUUUUUUAUUCAUAUGUGUUUAUGGGAGAGAUUCCGUAGUUGUGCCCCCACUUCUAAUGUGUAUCAGCCUCCUGUGUCUUUUUCUACAAAUACAGCUUUAAGAGAUAAUUAUAGAGCUUGGGCAUGGCAUGACCAAAAUUUCAGGGAUAACAUUCUUAAGGUGUUGGAUAAGGCAUAUCAAUUUAUCGCAAGGCUUUAUGUGAGAUCAAACCAUGGUUUUAGUGAUCCAAUUAUUUAUUAUGAUAGACGACCAUUUAAGAUUGGGAAACUGAGCUCACACGAAUUGAACUUCUUAAUGUGGGUUAAUUCUUCCCAACCACCUUCCAUGAUUGAGACGGCUAGUUCUGGUGUUGAUAGGGAUUCAUUGUCUAUUAAACUAUAUUUUCCUUACAGAGUGGCGUGCCAAUUUGGAUAUGAUCAGUCAACUCUACCUAGACCCCCUUUUCUUGAAAACUUUUCCUCUUACACUUUCGUAUUCCUUUUGCAUGUUCCUUCCAUUAGUAAUAAUGAAGUGACACUUCAUUUGAUUCACUCUAAGAGGAACAAAACCCCUUGUCAAGAAGAAUCAAUUCUAAGUGCAGAAGUGGAAAGACAAGAUAUAACCGAUUUCCUACCCUCUACUAUACAAAGUGUUGGCGGAGAUGAAGUGAAUGACAUUACGGGAGUCAGUGAUGGUGAUGUGGAUGCUGCUACUAGAGUUGAUGAUGAUGAUGUGAAUGCUACUAAUGGAGUUGGUGAUGACGAUGUAGGUGAUGCUAAUGAAGUUGGUGGUGAUGAUGGAACCUUUGGAGUUACUCGCAGUAUUCAGAACAACUUUGGAAUCGAUGGUACUCUUGGUGCUACUCGCAACAUUUUUUCUUUCGAGGGUGUUCCAAAUAUUAGUCGCAAUGCUUCUUUUCCUGAGGGUGUUCUAAACACUACUUGCAAUGGUUCUUCUUCUAGGGGUGUUCCGGAUUCUAUUCACAAUUCUUCCUCUUCUCUUAGAGAACGUAGAAAUGAUGCUUCUGACAGUCAUUUGGAAGACUUUCAUGGCAUUCCAGUCAUGCCAUAA